CCGAGGAAUUGAACUCAAAGAACCAACCAAUAAUUGUCUUUAAAAAAAAAGAACCAACGAAUAAUGGAGCUUCUUGUCUCUAAUUCCUUAGCCAUAGCAGGGCUCUUCAUCUUCGCAGUACUCUACACUUCAUGGCAAAGAAGAAUAAGAAAGAAUGGCAAUUCAUCAAAGCCGUUACCUCCGGUAGUCUCCGGUGCAUGGCCGGUGAUUGGCCACUUCCGGCAGCUCACCUCCGGCAAGGAACCACUGUUUCGGACUUUCGGAGCGAUGGCGGAUAAAUACGGCCCUAUAUUCACCGUCCGGAUCGGGAUGCAACCGUCCGUCGUCAUUAACAGCUGGGAAACCGCCAGAGAUUGCUUCUCUACCAACGACAAGCUCCUUGCUGAUCGCCCGCCGAAUUGUGCAGGGAAGUAUUUGGGGUACGACUAUGCAGUGUUGCCGUUCAGUCUUCACGGUCAAUACUGGCGCAACAUGCGCAAGCUAGUGGUGGUGGAAUUGCUCUCAAACAACACACUGGAGAAACUGAAACCUGUGUGGAUGUCGGAGUUAGAGACCAACAUCAAAGAACUCUACACUUUAGUACGAGAUGAUGUCGACUUCCGAGCAAGAAAGGUGGACAUGAGUGAGUGGUUCGGACAUUUGACCUUGAACAUGAUCGUGAAGCUGAUCGGAGGUAGGAGAUACAAGUACAGGUCGAACGACAGCGCGGAUGAGGAGGGGCGAUGUUUGACUAAGGUGUUCAAGGAAAUUAUGUGUCUUAUGGGGGAAUUUGUUCCCGGGGAUGCAUUUUUUCCGAUUGGGUUGGUUAGGUGGUUGGAUUUUGGCGGUCAAAUUGCGUCCAUGAAGCGAGUCUCGAAAGUCAUGGAUGAUAUUCUUCAGAAUUGGAUUGAAGAUCAUGUCAAAAGGCGGGAGAUGAAGGGAGACAACGACGAUCGAGACUUCAUUGACGUCAUGCUUUCAGUGAUGGAUGAUAAAUUCCUAUCCGGUGGUCAUUCUUAUACACGCGAUACAAUCAUCAAGGCAGCAUCACUGAGUAUGCUGGAAGAUGGUGCAGACACUUUAGGCCUUAAUUUGGAAUGGAUACUAUCCAUAUUAUUGAACAACCCCCAUGUAAUGAAUAAAAUUCAAGAAGAGAUAGAUACCAUAGUUGGCAAGGAGAGAUGGGUAGAAGAUUAUGACAUUGAUAACAUGGCAUACCUCCAAGCUGCUGUCAAAGAAGCCAUGCGAUUGUACCCACCAGCGCCUAUGCUAUUUCCACACAGGGCCAUAGAAGAGUGCAUUGUUGGUGGCUACGCCAUUCCAAAAGGGACCAUUUUGUACACCAAUGUGUGGAAGAUACAACGAGACCCACAAGUAUGGCCAGAGCCUGAAAAGUUCUUGCCAGAAAGGUUCUUGGAAGGUCAAGCAGAGAUGGAUACUCCUAGUAGGCAUUUCGGGUUCAUUCCAUUUGGAAUUGGAAGAAGAUCUUGUCCUGGAAUCUCGUAUGCAUUAAAAGUGGCACAUCUUUCCAUUGGUCGUUUACUCCAAGGAUACAAUGUCACCGCACCUUUGAAUAUGCCAGUGGAUAUGUUUGAAGGUCAAGCCACCACUAUGGUUAUUAGAGCAACUCCAUUAGAAGUGCAUGUUACUCCUCGCUUACAACCCUCAUUCUAUGGAGAAAUGUAAGUUCCUACUUGAUGGAAAAAAAUUUCAGAAUCCUUUAAUAAGAGACAAUUCUUGAGAUCCACAGGUUGUACAUUAAAUUGUUAAGUAAAUAUUCAGUGCCGCAACAUAUUAUGUACAUUGAACAAUUUUUUUCA